AAAAAGUCAAAAUUGAUUUUCAGUUUCUCAAAUCUCAUUCAAAAUGUCGCAAAAAGAUAACAAGGUGUCUAAGGGGGCGAAGAAGUUCUGGAACGCGGUCUCGACGGGAUGGGUUAUUGAAUAUCCUAAUUCGAGGGAUGGACCGAGAGACUUUUUUGAUCGGAGGGAUAGGACACCACAGGGAGUGAGGGAAGAGAAGACGUUUGGGAAUGGGAAGGAUAGGUGCUCAGAUAAUGGGGAGGAUGCGUCUGAUGCGAUUUUUCGGUGGAAGGAACAACUGAAAGCGGCAGGAAGAUGCUGAAGGACCAGAAGCCCAUCGAAGAUGCUUUAGAAGAACUCUGCUGCUAAUGGGCGGAACAUAAGAAGGGGUUAAAGUUCUGUGACAGCUCCUUCCAGAUAUUGGACGCUCAAACCCAAUAAAAAUGUUGUGUUAGAAAGUGUUCUAUUUCUCGUCAGCAACACGAGGGAAUUUCUCGUUGAGUCUCAAUUGGAUGCUUCCAUUUGGCUUCAUUGUUUGGUGAAGCACUCUCGUUACGCUCUGAAUUGAAAAAGUCGUUUAGC